AUGGCGGAUGGCCCCAGGUGUAAGCGCAGAAAGCAGGCUAACCCGCGACGCAAUAACGUUACAAAUUAUAAUACUGUGGUAGAAACAAAUUCAGAUUCAGAUGAUGAAGACAAGCUCCAUAUUGUGGAAGAAGAAAGCAUUACAGAUGCAGCAGACUGUGAAGGUGGUAUGCCGGAAGAUGACCUGCCGACAGACCAGACCGUGUUACCAGGGAGAAGCGAAAGAGAAGGGAAUGCGAAGACCUGCUGGGAGGAUGAUGGAAAGGAAGGACAAGAAAUCCUGGGGCCUGGAGCUCAGGCAGAUGAAGCAGGAUGUACAGUAAAAGAUGAUGAAUGCGAUUCAGAUGCAGAAAAUGAACAAAACCAUGAUCCUAAUGUUGAAGAGUUCCUGCAACAACAAGAUACUGCUGUCAUUUACCCUGAGGCACCUGAAGAGGACCAGAGGCAGGGCACACCAGAAGCCAGUGGUCAUGAUGAAAAUGGAACACCAGAUGCAUUUUCCCAAUUACUCACCUGCCCGUAUUGUGAUAGAGGCUAUAAACGCUUUACCUCUCUAAAAGAACACAUUAAAUACCGCCAUGAAAAGAACGAAGAUAACUUUAGUUGCUCUUUGUGCAGUUACACUUUUGCAUACAGAACCCAACUUGAACGUCAUAUGACAUCACAUAAAUCAGGAAGAGAUCAAAGACAUGUGACACAGUCUGGAGGCAAUCGUAAAUUCAAGUGCACUGAAUGUGGGAAAGCUUUCAAAUACAAACACCAUCUAAAAGAGCACUUAAGAAUUCACAGUGGAGAGAAGCCAUAUGAAUGCCCAAACUGCAAGAAACGUUUUUCUCAUUCUGGUUCCUAUAGCUCACACAUAAGCAGUAAGAAAUGUAUCAGCUUGAUGCCUGUGAAUGGGCGACCAAGAACAGGACUCAAAGCAUCUCAGUGUUCCUCGCCAUCUCUUUCAGCAUCACCAGGCAGUCCUACACGACCACAAAUACGGCAAAAGAUAGAGAAUAAACCCCUUCAAGAACAACUUUCUGUAAACCAAAUUAAAACUGAACCUGUGGAUUAUGAAUUCAAACCCAUAGUGGUUGCUUCAGGAAUCAAUUGUUCAACCCCUUUACAAAAUGGGGUGUUUAGUGGUGGUGGCCCAUUACAGGCAACCAGUUCUCCUCAGGGUGUGGUGCAAGCUGUUGUUCUGCCAACAGUUGGUUUGGUGUCUCCCAUAAGUAUCAAUUUAAGUGAUAUUCAGAAUGUACUGAAAGUGGCAGUAGAUGGUAAUGUAAUUAGGCAAGUUUUGGAGAAUAAUCAAGCCAAUCUUGUAUCCAAAGAACAAGAAACAAUCAGUGCUUCAUCCAUACAGCAAGGUGGCCAUUCUGUUAUUUCAGCCAUCAGUCUUCCUUUGGUUGAUCAAGAUGGGACAACCAAAAUUAUCAUUAACUACAGUCUUGAGCAGCCUAGCCAACUUCAAGUUGUUCCUCAAAAUUUAAAAAAAGAAAAUCCAGUCCCAACAAACAGUUGUAAAAGUGAAAAGUUACCAGAAGAUCUUACUGUUAAAUCUGAGAAGGACAAAAGCUUUGAAGGAGGGGUAAACGAUAGCACUUGCCUUCUGUGUGACGAUUGUCCAGGAGAUAUUAAUGCACUUCCAGAAUUAAAGCACUAUAACCUAAAGCAGCCCGCUCAGCCUCCUCCGCUCCCUGCACCGGAAGCUGAGAAGCCGGAAUCUUCUGCUUCAUCAGGUUCUGGAGAUGGCAAUUUGUCUCCCAGUCAGCCACCGUUAAAGAACCUCUUGUCUCUUCUAAAAGCAUAUUAUGCUUUGAAUGCACAGCCAAGUGCAGAAGAGCUCUCAAAAAUUGCUGAUUCAGUAAACCUACCACUGGAUGUAGUAAAAAAGUGGUUUGAAAAGAUGCAAGCUGGACAGAUUUCGGUACAGUCUUCUGAACCAUCUUCUCCAGAACCAGGCAAAGUAAAUGACUCUGCAAAGAACAAUGAUCAUCCUCAGUCUACAAGUGCAAAUGAAUCUAAGGACAGCACAACAAAUCUACAAAGUCCUCUGAAGAUAACUAACUCCCCAGUUUUACCAGUGGGAUCAACCGUCAAUGGUUCCAGAAGUAUUACAUCUUCCCCAUCACCUCUAAACCUUUCUUCAUCCAGAAAUACACAGGGUUACUUGUACACAGCAGAAGGUGCACAAGAAGAGCCACAAGUAGAACCUCUUGAUCUUUCACUACCAAAGCAACAGGGAGAAUUAUUGGAAAGGUCAACUAUCACUAGUGUUUACCACAACAGUGUUUAUUCUGUCCAGGAAGAACCCUUGAACUUGUCUUGUGCAAAAAAGGAGCCAGAAAAGGACAGUUGUGUUACAGACUCAGUACCAGUUGUAAACGUAAUCCCACCAAGUGCCAACCCCAUAAAUAUUGCUAUACCUACAGUUACUGCCCAGUUACCCACAAUCGUGGCCAUUGCUGACCAGAACAGUGUUCCAUGCUUAAGAGCACUAGCUGCCAAUAAGCAGACUAUUCUGAUUCCCCAGGUGGCUUACACAUACUCUACUACAGUCAGCUCUGCAGUCCAGGAACCACCCUUGAAAGUGAUCCAGCCAAAUGGAAAUCAGGAUGAAAGGCAAGACACUAGCUCAGAAGGGGUAUCAAAUGUAGAGGAUCAGAAUGACUCUGAUUCUACACCACCCAAAAAGAAAAUGCGGAAGACAGAAAAUGGAAUGUAUGCUUGUGAUUUGUGUGAUAAGAUAUUCCAGAAGAGUAGCUCAUUAUUGAGACAUAAAUAUGAACACACAGGUAAAAGACCCCAUGAGUGUGGCAUCUGUAAAAAGGCAUUUAAACACAAACAUCAUUUGAUUGAACACAUGCGGUUACAUUCUGGAGAAAAGCCCUAUCAAUGUGACAAAUGUGGAAAGCGUUUCUCACACUCUGGGUCUUAUUCUCAACACAUGAAUCAUCGCUAUUCCUAUUGCAAGAGAGAAGCAGAGGAACGUGAUGGCACUGAGCAGGAAGAAGCAGGCGCUGAGGUCCUAGCAAGUGAGCAUGUCGGUGCAAGGGCAUCUCCCUCACAGGUUGACUCAGAUGAGAGAGAGAGUUCGACUAGGGAAGAGGAUGAAGACAGUGAAAAAGAGGAAGAGGAGGAAGAGGAUAAAGAGAUGGAAGAACUGCAGGAAGAAAAAGAAUGUGAUAAACCACAAGCAGAUGAAGAGGAGGAAGAGGAAGUAGAAGAGGAGGAGGAAGAGGAGGAGGAAGUAGAGAUGGAAGAGGAGGAAGAAGAGGCAGAGAAUGAGGGAGAAGAAGCAAAAACUGAAGGUGCCAUGAAGGAUGAUGGAGCUGUAAAUCAAGUGAGCAGCUUAGAACAAAAAGUAAGUGAGGAUAGUGAGCAAGUGUCUGAAGAAAAAACAAAUGAAGCCUAA